CUUAACGCCACUAGAUUUCUUUUUGUGGGGUACAUAAAAGGAAUUGUCUACCAUGCGCUUCCGACAAGUUCACACGAUUUGAAAACACGCAUAAGAGACAAAUUUAAGUGCAAUCGAUCAACAACCGGGCUCAAAGUUAGCGCUUCAGAACAAUUGCAUCCUCUGCUUCAAAAAUUCCUCCCUUCCGAUCUGUUGCUUCAGAACAACAAAUCGUGCCCGACAGCCCGCCCAGCGUCUACAUCCAAGCCGUCUGCGACUCGAUGAAGAAGCAGAUCAUCUCCAGAGCCUUCUACGGCUGGCUGGCCUACUGCCGACACUUGUCCACUGUGCGGACGCAUCUGAGCGGCCUGGUCAACGGCAAAAUCAUCAACGGCGAGGGCGCCUCAGAAGGAAUCACUGUGGAGAAAUGGACGCAACUGUGCGUGGACGGCGUGGUGACCGACGCAGACGAAGUGUACCGAUUCACCUACUUCGGGGGCGUGGCCAACGAGCUCAGAACGGAAAUCUGGCCGUACCUGCUCGGCCAUUACAAGUUCGGAAGCACCGCCGAUCAGCGGCAGAACCUGGCCGAGGAGACCAAGCAGGCCUACGAAAAUACGAUGUCGGAGUGGUUGGCUGUGGAGGCGAUCGUGAGGCAGCGGGACAAGGAGGACCAGGCGCAUGCGAUUGCGAAGCUCAGCAGUGAGAGCAUGUCGGGCGACCAGAUGCCUGACGGCCUCCAGCGGGAUCUGAGCAACGAGGUGUUUGAGGACGUGCUGACGGAGGACGAGGACUCACUGUCCGAGCAGGAGAAGCUCCAUGAAGAACCCCAUGAGAAAACGAAGGAAAACACCAUCAGGUACCAAUGUGAGGACCUGGACGCUGAUGCCCCGCAGCCAGAGGAUCUGGAACACGGUCCUGCCACCAAAGAGGUUUUGAGUAGGAGUAGGAGUAGGAGUAGGAACUCCAGUCUGGAGCUGGAUGAGGCGAGCUGCCACAGGCCUGAGGCCAAUGGCGACGUUGAGGCCCAAGACUUUGUGCACAACGUCAUCGUGACCAACGCCUCCAUGGACAUCAGCGCGCUGGAAAGCGAGGACAUCCCAGCCAGGAACCACAUGGACGUGGUCACAGAGGAAAACAACUCGUCCCUGGACGCCUGCAUCGAAACGCAUGGGCUGGCCAGCCCUCUGAGGUCGACCUGCGCCUCCCCUGCCAGCUCCAACGGCGGCAUCUACAGC